AUGGUGCAGCGCAACCACGUCAUCGCCAUCAUCAUCAUCGUCCUCUUCGCCAUCCUGGCGCUCGUCUCCUUUGGCAUCUGGAAGCUGGUGCAUACGGCGAGGAGAGACCUGAGCGUCACGUCGGCGUCGAGCGGGAGCAGCGGCUCCGACUCUCUAGCUGCUUCCGAGUCGUCCACGGUGGCGAGCACCAGGGAGCCGCCUUCGGAUCUGCUCUACGAAACCAGCCCGGAAAGGAGCACGACGCCCCGUCCAACAACUCGCAGGAUCUUUCCGUACGACUUCAUGACCGAGAACCCGAUGUUUCAGACUGUUAUCGAGAACAUGCAGGACGAAUCACGAGCGGAGGUCGCGUCAACGCGCAGCCGCGCGACCAUCAGGGACCGCGACAACACGUCGGACAUGGUGUCCUCGUCGGAGGCCGCCGGCCCCUCCGCCUUCCACAAGCAGUGCCUCGUCGCGCUCAAGCUGCUCCACGAGCUCAAGGACGACCUGGAGAUGCGCCGCGGGGACGCUGAGCGGCGGCGGGACGAGUUCGCCUCCGCGCUGCGGCGCCGCGACUGGCUCGACUUUCGGCGCGACCCGGUGCACUUCCUGACCAUCACGCUGGGCAUCAGCGAGCCCAAGGACCUGCUCGAUAGGAUGGCUUGGUUCUCCAAACAGGGCGGUCGCGGGCUCAGAGACUCGCAGAGCGAGGCGAGGCUCCAGGCGCAGAUUGACUGGGACUGCUCCAUGCCGGACUUGUCGCGUGUCAACAUCGUGUGCCGGAAGCAAGAGCUGUCGGACAAGGCGAGGAUUCUGGCGAGCCAGAUCGAGCACGUCGACCACCUGAUUAUGUGUGCGUCGAGCGCGCUGGCCGAGGACGGGGAGGAGGUCGACGGUAAUGAUGAUGACUCCAGCCUCGGUUUCGGGGGGAUGGACGAGGAACUGGAGUCGCUAGGGUCGAGCCAGAAACAGGAUAGGUCUUCCCACUCCGAUGCGUCGACUCAGGAGGAGGAGGAGGAGGAGGAGGAGGAGGAGGAGAAGAAGAAGAUGAAGAAGAAGAAUAAGGGAAAGCAGCCGUGGUACAACGAUGUAGUACUCGACACGGAUCGGCCCUCGCGGGAGAGUGACAGGGCAAGCCCUCUCCUCAGGCCGUCCUCGCCGUCCGAUCUCGAGACUCGCUCUGAAGACGAGACCUCGCACCAAGAUUUCGAGCUCUCGUUUCCCCCAGCGACAAGCGCCAGCGAAGCCUACUAUCAGGCCAUGCUUCGUGCGCGACACAACGCGCGCGCACCUCGCACGCAACACACGACAACGACAGUCAACAGCACCGCGCCCAGCCCGGACGUACGCAGCCCCCGGGACGGCUACCCCAACUUCUCGCUAGAAGACCUGGUGGACGCCAUGAUUGGAACCACGGUGGACAGCAUGCUGGAGCGCAUCAGCCGCGAGGAGGCAGUAGAUAUCCUUCAGGGCGCGAUGAUGAAGGCGGCGGAGUUCCACGCCCAGGAGGUACUGGAGAAUGAGUCUCGGCAGCGGGCUAGGGAGGGCUCGCGUUAA